UUGACUUGCAUUCAGGGCAAGAAAUGGCAGCACCCCUUCGACCCAACCCUUGUCUUUGACAUUCCCGAUCAGGUCGACACCAUUAACACCCUUCCCGGAGGUGUUCUCAACACAAAGGCAACGCUGAUUGAAACCACUGAAGACUUUAAAAAGUCGAAGGGAUUUGAUUUGGGUCUCGAUGUAAAUACUGUGGCUUAUGGUGCAUACGGUGUGAGCGGUUCCUUUAAACAGGCACAGGAAGACCUGGUUAACUCUACCAAAUCAAUAGUUGAGGUGUCUGCAUUUGUUUCGGCCAUUCGUGUCGAUAUGAGCCCAUACUAUGAGAUCACACCAAACCAAGAGUUUCAAGACUUUGUCGAAAAACAAUUGCCCGACACUAUAGCCGCAAACCCCGCCAAAUACCAGGAGUUUGUCGAUACGUUUGGCACCCAUUACUUUGACAGCGCUUUCUUCGGCGGAUUUGUUCAGCAGUCGAUUGAAUUGUCAUCAAAUCUGAAC